AUGAGCCAAUCCAAAAUUUUAGACCGGCUCUCCGCACUCGAUACCAAUACAGUGUCCGAUGCCUUAGAUUUUCUCCAGCUUAAGGGAGCUACAUACGGCCUACAACCACUCUGGGAUUGCGCGAAGAUAGUUGGACGCGCUAGCACAGUCAAAGUGGGCAUCAAGCAGGACGCGACUCCCACUGCCCAUCUGCUUACACCGGUCAUAGAUGCCAUCAAAACCGAUGAUCGCAUUCUAGUCAUCUCUGGCGGCACGGAGGGGGUCUCAUGCUGGGGAGAUAUCCUCGCCAAUGCCUCGCAAGUGAAACAUAUUCGCGGCACUAUCAUCGAUGGCAUGAGUCGCGACAUCGACGGGAGCCGGGAUAUUGGAUAUCCCGUGUACGGUCGCGGGGUCACCAUGAUAAGUGCGCGCAAUCGCAUAGUGCAGCUGGACGCUGGAUGCCCUCUCCAGGUUCGAGGCGUCACGGUCAACCAAGACGAUUACGUGAUCGCCGAUAGAUGUGGGACGGUGUUCGUUCCAGCCGACCGCAUUGAAGAAGUUGUGGAAUUGGGAGAGCAAAUCGAUCGGCGUCAGGAACUUAUGGUUCGGGAUGUUCGAAGUGGUAAACCCGUUUCUGAGGUGAUGCAUGACACGAAAUUCGAAGCCAUCCACCCUGCCACAGCGUCAGCGGUUGCGGCUGCACCAUUUUCAGGUCAAAGCAUAAAGAAAGCGAGUGCCGAAGAUCAAGAGUUGUCAGCACUAUUUGCAAACUCAGAUACCCCUGGAGUCUCUGAUGCGCUUGACAAGCUUGGUAUCCCCGGACAAGCGUUCAAUAUCAUGCCGUUGACAAACUACAAAAAGACCACGGUCGGGCCAGCCUUCACUGUACGCUACGUCCCCGCCAGCAAUCCGCCAGGAAGUGUUGGUGAUUUCAUCGACGAUGUCGCUAUAGGCGAUGUAGUAGUCAUCGACAAUGGCGGUUGCACCGAUUGUACCGUUUGGGGCGACAUAAUGACACAGUACGCUGGUCUACGCGGAAUCGCCGGAACAGUUAUCGAUGGUGUGUGUCGAGAUGUGAACCGUGCGAUUGACGAUGAAUACCCGAUCUUCACUGCUGGACGUUGGAUGCGAACCGGUAAAGAUCGGGUUCAAAUGGGGGGCGUCAACGAGUCGAUUGGCAUCGGGAAGGUACGUGUACAACCUCGCGAUAUCGUUGUCGCUGAUGCAAAUGGUGUGGUUAUUGUGCCACGAGAUCGAGCCCGUGAGGUAGCGGAAGUCACACGAGAGAUUGAGAAGAGUGAAGAGGGAAUCAGGGAAUUGAUCGCUGGCGGAGUUUCAAUUGCUGAGGCGAGGGAAAGACUUGGUUAUCAUAUGCUGCAGCGCAAGUGA